AAUUGCGGCAUUUAAUCAGAGAUCAGAGAGUAGCUCGACUACUGCUGAACAGACAGUCUCAAAUCAUUUAACUCAAGUGAUAUUCACUUUUUACUAUCGGUAUUAAACUUAACAAUAAUUAUCAAACUGAACAAUUAAAUCAGUAUCGCAGUAUCUAUGAUUUCAGUAGCGUUUUCGUCUCUGUUCUAUUACGUUCCCAGUCUAGUGUGUAUUUCGGACUGGUUUAAAGCGUUGCAGAAAACUUAUCAUAAGUUUGUGAAUUUUGAAAAUCUGAAUGACAGUUAUAAGUUUGUAAAGAAAAGUUUGCGUGUAUUAUCUUGCUUCGCAAGUCUUGAAAAAGAUUUUCGGAAAAUGACAAAACAAAAAUCUCAAGACACAACAGAAGAAAAUCUCAGAAAACUUCCUAGUAGGGGUUAUAAGUGUUCUCCAAGAACACGAACUCUAGCUAUUGGAUGGUUCAAUUUUAUAAUCUGUCUAAUCUCCUUCGAAUGUAUUUUAUGGUAUGGUGUGAACAGCACUGACGAGCAUUUAGACAGAUUCCUUUACAAUACAGCAGACCUCAGUCCCACAAAAGUGGAAUACAUAAAAUCUGUAGCAGGGUUUGCAAGGGAGGAAGCCAUUUUGAGGAAUUUAGAAUACAAUCAGAUAAAGAACAAACUGGCUAAAGAUGGGAAUGAUAGAGUGUAUGAUUCGGAUAUUCUUCAAGAUCCUUUGUAUGACCACUGGAAUGCCCUGAGACCUGCAGUUAUACUUAGUGAUAUUAUUUUCAACGAAAAUCUUCUCAGACUUGUGCACAGAGUCCUGUUUGUGGCUGGAGGAGGUUCCAUUUUCUUCUUGAUUAUAAUUGGAUCAAUUGUGGGAAUUGGAGUAAUUUUCAACGGUUUGCUGCUUUAUGGAGCACACGUGGAUAAUGUCACUCAAAUCGCAGUCUGGAUUGCUUACCAGAGGUUCAUUUUUAUUUUUGAUGUGGGUCUACUUAUUCUUACAAUAGGCUCAAGAACACCCUUACUUACUUUGCUUCAAAUGUUGCGAAUCAUUUUCGGAUUGUGGUGUACUCGCAAUGUGAACCGCCAUCUUAGAAGCUUCAGUUGGCCGGAGAAAACUCAGUUAUACAAAACCCAAGUCAAACUGUUGCAACCGUCGUCCAAUCACAGCUCAGAACCGAUUUCAAUUGAUGUUAGCAAUUUAUCCAAAUUAAUUGAAGCAUAAAUAAAAGUAAUUAUUCAAA